AUGGAACAACGCUCGAGUGAAAACGCACCAGUUUCAGUGGCAGUCAAUCAUGGAGAUGCAGCCCGUUAUGGCCGAGUGCCGGUGCACAGAGCGGCAUACCAACGCUUGCAGAGUCCACCUUACACCACGUACUCUGGCGCUAUAGGAGGCAGUGAGAUGUCAUCAUCCCGUUACAGUGCGGUGCCGCCCGCGGCCCCGCAUGAUGCAUCCAAUCGAUCUCGCGAUUACUCUGCGCAUGGUUCGGCAACGACGGGUAUGCCACGCGGCGGAGAGGUCUCUCGUUCAGCAAGCACGCUACACAUGCACCCGCUGCAACACGAGUUUCAGGUGCAGAGUCACCACGUCGUUGUCGAGGCCGAAGCACCGAGGUGGUCACCACGACAGCCAUCGGGCCAGUAUAGGGCCGAGUUUGCAAGCCACGGGCCUGUAGGCAUGUAUCGAUGGGGAUCUAGCUCUCUGAGCCUGCAACCAAGGCGUGAUGGUCCUCUGAGUGCUCUUGCUUCGUUUGAGCAAGGCAGUGGGACUACGAGCAGAUACACGCAGUCGUCACUCAUUCGAGCCACGGCGGCAGCAACGGGGCGGACGUAUCGGCGGAUUCGACCAGAACAGCGUGAUCAGGAGAACGAUGGGGAUGGCAUGGUGAUGCGGCGCGAGGAGGCCAAUGUGGCUGCGCGGUAUGGCGAUGAGGAGCAGCACCGGAUCAUGAUGAAUGAGACGCCGCCGAGAAUCGGGCGUGUUGAGCGCAGGAUGAUGGAGUAG